UAAGAAUCACUACGGUAACAUAUGUAAUGUUGUGCUGCCCUUGGAGAUGCGGAGGUUUUGGCUAAUACCAUUUGAGUUGUUUGUAUCGAGACUCUUCAUUUUGAUAAUCACGUCGUGAAAAUAUAUAAUGUUGUGCCACGGGAGAGGCGGAGGGUGAGGAAAACUCAAUAAUAAUCAGUGAUGGGGAUGAUGUUAUUUCUAACGCAAGAUCUUUGUCUGGUACGACCGCCCACAUGUACUAUUACCCAGACAACCCCACCGUUAUUGAUUUGCUCAACAAUUAGAAUCCGCAAACAGAAGCGUGGCAAUGGCGGAUUGUUAUACAGUGCCAGGCAGAUAAGGGCACAACAAGAUGAUCCUUCUCCUUCCCAGUUUUUAAGGCGAAUCGAGCAAGCUUGGUCGAUUUCUAAGCAACCAAGGCCGGUGCCUUGUUCUUCAUGUGAUGCAAAUGGAUAUGUAGAGUGUAAAUGGUGUAGGGGGACAGGUUUUUUCAUACUAGGAGACAAUAUGCUUUGUGAAGUACCAUCACGGAAUACAACUUGUGUAAUUUGUGCAGGGCAGGGCUCAGUAAGCUGUUCUGAUUGCAAAGGAACGGGAUACAAGGCAAAAUGGCUAGCUCAACCUCCUAUGGAAACAGCUGAAAGUGAACCUACAUGAAAAUCUGUCUGAACUUGAUUAUUAGCAUCAAACAUGUUAGCCAUGUACAGUGGUCCUCAGUUGUGGUAGUACUUGGCAUUGCCAAUUUAAAAUGUGCAGACUUGAAGCGUGCGUCAAAAGCUAAUUAAUCUCACUGGGAUGUUACCAUGCGAAGGGAAGUUGUGUUAUUUUGGGACAAUGGUAGAGCAAUUAUAAGUAAUUUUUUAUUUGAGAACGAUUUGUUUGCAGUUCAUCAAUUUGCAAAAUUCUUCUAGAUCAGACUGCACAGGAAUGUACAUAACUUUGGGGUCUGAACUUAAUUUACCCGUGUGGUCUGAUCUACAUGAAUAUUGCAAAUAUAUGCUACUGCUUAGUGUAUUUAGGGUUUAUAAUGGGCUAGUGAGGUACUGAUCAAGAAACUUUUGACUUUUAGAACACCUACUAUACAGGGUGGUAUGACAAAAUAUUUUGCUUCAGAAGCUGAACUACCAAAAUUACAUUGACUAAUUUAUUGGAUACCAAGAGUCUCGAAUUGUUGGAGGAUAUUAUGUUGGAGUACUCUAGUUUAUACUUUAUUCUACUGUUGUAGAAUAAUGUAUCUUUAGCUGCAAGUUCGGAAAGCAGAGUUUGUAUUUUUAGCAUUGUUUUUAAAUCAGCAAAUGAAUAUAUGGCAAUUUAUAUAUAUCA